CGUCAGCCAUUUAUACCGGUAGCUGGAUCUGAUCGGCGUGUUUACAUAGGAUAAGUGUGUGUAAAUACAUAUUUUAUAGGCGUAUUUUAAAUUUAAAUCAGUUAUGGCGGCCAGACAGAGUAGGAAGUCGAUUACGACGACGACAGUAAGUCAAUCUACCUCGGCAGAAACGCCGACAACAUCGGGAACGUUUUCUGGCCGGCGAGGGCGAUCUCCAUCACCUGCGCGCAUUACGCGCAUGCAGGAAAAAGAGCAGCUUCAGAAUCUCAACGACAGGCUCGCUGCGUACAUCGACAGGGUCAGAUAUCUAGAAUCUGAAAACAGCAGACUACAAGUCCAGGUUCGAUCUACGGAAGAAACCGUUACACGUGAAGUAACAAACAUAAAAUCCCUGUAUGAAUCCGAGUUGGCAGAAGCAAGAAAGCAUCUAGAUGACACCGCUAAAGACAAGGCAAAACAGCAGUUGGAGGCUGACAAAUACAAAACUGAAGCCGACGAUUGGAAAACAAAGUACCUCAAGCGGGAGCGAGAUGCCAAGAACGCUGAGAAGAGAAAUCUGGAACUGGAAGCUUUGCUGGGGGAUGCCAAGGCCCGCCUUCAAGAUGCAGAGAACAACCGCAAACAUGCAGAGGCCGAAUCUGCACGUUUGCGUGGUGAGCUAGCUAACUUGGAACGCCAGAUGGCCACGCUCAGGAAGCAACUGGAGGAGGAGACAUUGUUACGUGUGGACCUGGAAAACCGCAUACAGACUCUCAAGGAGGAACUUGCCUUCAAGUCACAGAUCCAUGAACAGGAGCUGAAUGAGACUCGCACAAGAACUACGACAACCAUAGAUGAGACCGACACUGGUCUGCGUGCCGACUAUGAGAACAAGCUACAGGAUGCUCUGCAGCAGACCAGAAUGGAGUAUGAGGAACAGAUCCGGGUCGUUCGGGAGGAGGUUGAGGACCUGUACGACAGAAAGGUGAAUGACCUGCAGGGUGCUCUGGACCGCAGCAUGACCGUUGGGAACUCAUCAAGGGAGGAAUAUAUACUCAUCAAGCGGCGCGUGGAUGAACUCCAAUCAGAGGUCACCAAACUCAAGGCUCAGAACGCUGCAUACGAGUCACGUAUCAGAGACCUAGAAAGCCAGCUGGCCAGUGAGCAAGACCUGUACGAACAGCGGCUCCUACAGAAGGACAACGAAAUCAUGGACUUGCGUCUUGCCCUCUCAGACCAGACACAGGAGUAUGCUGAUCUCCUUGACAUCAAACUAAGGCUGGACAGCGAGAUCGAGGCCUACAGGAAACUCCUUGAGAGUGAGGAGGAUAGAUUGAACCUGUCAGCCACAUCUCAGGAGAGCACACCCAAAAAGGGACGGGGCACAAAGCGUAAGCGUGUCACCCUGGAUGUUGCAGAGGAGACUGGAUCAGGGUAUGAUUUUGCCUCCGAGGCAUCUGCCAAGGGUGCCAUUGAGAUCCAUGACACAGACCAUGAUGGCAAGUUCAUCAAGCUCUUCAACACUGGAGAGGAUGAUGUGGUGUUGGGAGGCUGGGUACUGCGACAUUCAGCCGGGGACAAGGAGACUGUCUACAAGUUCCACAGAAACCUCAAACUGAACGCUGGACACUUUGUCACUGUGUGGAGUUCUAAUGCUGGCCAGACUCACAGCCCGCCCACAGACCUAGUCAUGAAGGGUCAGCAAUGGUUCACUGCUGAGGAGAUGAAAACAGUUCUCCUACAUGAAGAUCAGGAGAUGGCAACCCGGGAGUUGAAGAAGACGGUGAAGCGGGUGUCCAGGAUCUACAGGACUCAUAGGGAGGGAGACGAAGUGGACGGACAGGGAGAAAGAUGUUCAAUUAUGUAGGAAGGAGAUAUUCAGUGGGCAGCUAGGACUUUUUUAUCAGUACAUGUAUAUUAUCAAAAAUGUUUAAAGCUACAUGUACAUCCUGUUCAUAAAAUCAUCAGGGAUUCUCAUCGAAUAGCUCAUGACCUCAAAACUACUCAACGUAGCUAUUAAAUAUAUAUUUAUUGUGAUUAGGUAUUCUUGAUUUUAUAAAUAGUGUUGAUUGGUGAGCAACUCCAAAAUUUAGAAGGGUAAAGACUAAUUUGUAUCAGAUAGUGACCCUCUGAUAUUGGCAUUCAGACUUUUAUUGCUUUUAAUGUUGUCAAAAGCAAAAUGGCUGGAGUGAACAACUUCAUGCUUACAGGUUGUGAAGAUCAGACUAAUGAACCAAACAUGUAUUAAGAUCCUUCAGACGUCCAUGAAUGGCUGUGAAAUAGGUUGUACUUAAAUCAUUUAAGUGAAGUGAUAGAGAACAAUUAUUUAACAGUGAUAUUUGAUAAGAAUGCUGAAUCUCAUAUAACUUCUGUGUUGUAAACAGGAAUAGUUAAAUAGGAAUCUUUUGUUUUUGUAUUGUACGGUACAUAAAAUUGUAUGGACAUAAAGAACAAAAACAAGAAAGUUUGGAAGUUUGACCAAGAGUAACAGUAUGUAGAUAUCCAUGUUGUUUAGAUUUAGAUGAUAGGUAUAUUUAUCCAUAGGUAUUUCAUAUUACUUAAUAAAUCCUUGUUUAGACCAUGUAGGUCAUGCUUUCUUAGUACCCAACAAGCUGAUUGUUCAAAAGUGUUAGAAUAAUGGAUUAAAACCAGACGUGCCUUUAAAUUGUUCAGAUAAAGGGAAAUUAUCAAGGUUUAUUAAGAUUUUGCAUUUUAGUUUCUUCAGAAAGUCAGUUUGUUGUGCAGCUAUAAAGCAUUAUAUUUAGUUAUUGUUGUCAGAUGUAAAUUGAGUUUCAUUAUCAAGAUGGCAGGUUGUUUUGGAUAAGUGUUUGUUUCUUGCCCAUCUGAAAUGCUUUGUGCAAUUAUUAUUUUGUUAAAUCUGAUUUUUUGUUGCAUUUUUUGCGGCAUUUUCUUGGUGCUUUUGUAUUUUUUUUAUAAACUUUGGAAGAAUUUAACCUGAUUACGUGUAAAUUUAUGUGUAGUUAAAACCCUCCAUGUACAUAGGAGCCAUGCAUAUGACACAUUGAAUAACCACAUGUCAAUAGUUAUGUCUCCCCCUCUCUGGGGGAGACAUAUUGUUUUUGCCCUGUCCGUCAGUCCGGUAGUCAGUCAGUCCGUCCGUACGUCACACUUCGUUUCCGAUCGAUAACUGGAAAACCGCAUGACCUAGGAUCACCAAACUUGGUAGGGAGGUUGGUCGUGAGGUGUAGAGGAUCCCUAUUGUUUUUGGGGUCACUAGGUCAAAGGUCAAGGUCGCGGCGACCCCCAAUAUUAAACAUUUCUGCUCAAAAUCUUGAGAACGGUUUGACCUAGGUUCACCAAACUUGGUAGGGAGGUUGGUCAUGAGGUGUAGAAGAUCCCUAUUGUUUUUGGGGUCACUAGGUCAAAGGUCAAGGUCGCGGCGACCCCCAAUGUAAAAAACAUUUCCGCUCAAUAUCUUGAGAAUGGUUUGACCUAGGUUCACCAAACUUGGUAGGGAGGUUGAUCAUGAGGUUUAGAAAACUCCUAUAUUUUGGGGGGUCACAAGGUCAAAGGUCAACGUCGCUGUGACCUCUAAUGUAAAAAAAUAUUUCCGUGCAAUAUCAGGAGAAUGCUUUGAUCUAGGUUCACCAAACUUUGAAGUGAGGUUGGUCAUGAUGUCUAGUUGGUAUGCUGGUAGGUCAUGACUAGUAGAUGACUCCUAUUGAUUUUGUGAUCUGUAGGUCAUAGGUCAAGGUCGCAGUAAACUUGAGGUGAAAACACAGUUUCCGCUCAAUAACUAAAGAUCCUUUGGGUCCAGGAACUUCAUACUUGGUAUACUAUUUGUUCAUGGCUAGUAAUUGACCCCUAUUGAUUUUGAGAUCAAAAGGUCAAAGGUGAAGGUCGCCAUGACCUUGAGGUGAAGAAACGGUUACUAAAGUAACUAAAGAAGGCUUGCACCCAGGAACUUCAUACUUGGUAUGCAAGUUGGUCAUGUAGAUGACCCCUAUUGAUUUUGUGAUCAGUUGGUCAAAGGUCAAGGUCACGAUGACUUUGAGCUGAAAAAUGGUUUCUGAUCAAAUAAUUGAAUAACAAUUGCGCCCAUGCACUUCAUACAAUACAAACUUCAUUUACAUUUUCCAAGAUUAAUCAACAACACUUUCUUCUCUUCACUAUUUGAUACGGGUGAAUAAACCAAACUUCACUGUUGGUUCGUCUUCCGUCCAGAAUUACAAAUUUUAUGUCCAUCAUUUAUUUUUUCUCAGCUACGACCACACAAUAGGGGAGACAAGCGCUUUUUCAAAAAAGCAAUCUCUAGUUAGGAAACUUGUUACACAUAUCAUCAGUGUACUUUUUUUUGGUCAAAAUAGCACAUGCUUUCAUGAUCUGGUUGUUUCACUUCAAAACAUUAGUCAUACACUUAGGAAAACUAAAUUGGAGUGAUCUACAGUCUUUAAAUUUUGGCAUCUCAUUAAUUUGGUAGUGUAAAGUAUCUUAUUGAAAGAAAUCACUUAAUUUUAAUAUAAGAAGAUUUAUGACAAAAAGAACAUUCCAUGAAUCAUAAAAAAUUCCAGACUUUAUUAUUCGUUUAUGACAUCAGACUGGUACAAAAGUUUCCCACCAUUUAUGCAAAACUGAUACUGGUAGUUGAACCAUGGAACCACAGACGUUUAAAUAGUUUGCCUUGAUUUAAAAACAAAUGCAUUUCAGUAAAUUAAAAUGGUUCCUUUUUGCCAACUAGUAGAAUUGGUAGAUUAUCCGUAGCAGGUGCUAAUGAUUUGAGAUUGUUAUGUGCUGCCCCACCAUACCAAGUGUUCGCUGCUGCUUUUAUGAUUUUAUACCUCAUUAGUGUUCUGGCAAUUUUUUGGGCCAGUUUCAUACUCUGAAUGGCAUUAUGAAGUCUGAGAACCAUUUUAUUUCCAAAGAGCUCUUCAGUUCGUUUUCUAUAAACUUUCUUUGGAACAAGCAAGCUGGUUCACAAGAAUCUAGUAUAAAUCCCAUGUUUCUUGAAGUUUUCCUAUGAUAAAAAUGAAAGUUGUUGAGAACAAUUGUUUAUGGGUUCCAGACCCAUGUUAGUGAUUUAUUGAAAUGCAUGUUGACAAGAUGUUUCAGACAUAUUUUAAAUUUAUUAUUUUAUAGGUUGUCUUAUAUGUAAUUAUUCUGUAUUUCUUUAGAAAAUAAGUUUAUGUGAUGAAGAAGCUUUUGUAUGGUAGCUUUUGUAUCAGAUUAAUUUUGCUUACAUUGUUUUCACUUUUUGUAACCUUUUAACCAUUUGUAUUCAUUCGCACUUGGUGAGAGAUGUCAUAUCAUAUUCUAGCUUCAUAAUAAAUUGACUCAUUG